AUGAAUACGCUACGAAGAUGCCACAGCGCGCCUCUUGAUAUUCAGAGCCUAGGGAGACUUGACUCGGGAUUUCAGUUAUCUGUAUCCACACGAAGACAAAAAGGAACAAAGAGUUUGCGCCUUCCAUCCAUCAGCUCAGAGCGUCUGCGUACAGGUCAAUAUCCGAACUCGGAAAAGCUCCUUACAACGUUGGAGCCAAUAUCGCCCCUGUUCUCCGAUAGCCAGCAAGUUCUGGCUGGGCUCGAUGUUCCUGAUCCAGAUUCAUCAGAACGAGAAAUCUCUUUUCAGAUUGAAGAAGGUAUUAUACAUGAAUUCAGUGACAAUAAGCCGAGCAAAAGAGAAACGACCAUUCAGAAUGGUGAAGGGUUUGCAGAUACCAAUAGUCAAAGUCGACCGCCUAAAAGAAUAUCAGACGCAAUUCAGCUGGUAAUCAACGACCAGCAGAAAGUCUCUGGUAUGCGAGUUCAGCUUGCUGAAAUGCGUUCCAGUCUCGAUGAGAGCAGAAACUUGCAAAUUUAUCAGUGGACAAAUGCAUUGAAGGAAUUAAAGUCAAUAUUGAGCAAUGCUCCAGGUGAAAAGGGGAAUGAUUCCGACGAAUACUUAAUUCGCGAGAACGAGUAUCAAAAUUUUCAACGUCGGCUAGAAGCAGAAGAAAGCUCACUGCAACGAAGAGAAACAUAUGUGGCAGAACUGUUGCGAGAAUUCUCCUCGAGGAGCCGUAUGACUGAAUCCUAUAUCAACAACCCUAACAACAAAAAAGUUUCUAAUGUUCACCAAGGUCCGUGGGCAAUGACAGGAAAUGAUGCAGACGCAAACAUAAUAAGUGCCCAAAUGGAAGCACAUCCGUUGAUCGGGAAGUAUCUCUCUGCAUUAGGAGAUGUCCGCAUGUAUGAGGAGAGGCUAGCGGAACUUUCACUUGAGCAUGCUGAGAUAGCUGGACGGGAAGCCUCGUUUGCUCUUGUUGAUAGAUCUCUGGAUGAAGAGUCUCAAGAGUUUCUCGCCAACUAUGAAUCAGAAUACCUCGAACUGGAGCGAAUAAUAGCAGAUAAGAUGGACGCUGCAGUGUCGCUCAGAGAACAAUGCGAGAAGGAAGGCAUACCUAUCCCGUCAAUGAUUGAUGAAUUUGAUACAGAGCUAGAUUUUGAUAUUAGACAAGCCCUCCCUCAAGAGAGAGACCUCUUAUGGAUCUCUGAACUGGACGAAGAGAAUACCUUUUAUGAACUGGCGCAAUCUAAGGAUUUCAAUAUUUAUAAUUUCAUCAAUACGUGGAUAUUCCACCAAUUGCGGCACUCGACAUCUCAGAUAUAUCGAUAUAAAUCAAAUCCACGUCUCCAAGGUCUGAAGAUUGAUGAAGAUAGUCUCAGCGAAUGGGCGAUGCGACUUUGGUUUCAGGACGGGAAUGCCAAAAUGGCCUCCCCGUUACGUUCGCCAGAAGCUAGCGAAUGA